AUGACUACUGAUAAUGAAUUGGCUACUAUCGAAAUUCGAUGUAUUCCAGAUAAUCCAUGUGCCAUUUCUGGUAUCUUGAAUACAAAAAAAGUUCGUUUCGACAUCGAAACAAAAAAUAAAGGAGAAACAAUGAAACGAACACCACUCAAUUUAGUACUUGUUCUUGAUCGUAGUGGAUCGAUGGAAUCUGAUAAUAAAUUUACAUUUGCAAAAAACGCUGUUGUUUCUGUUCUUAAUCUUCUUCACGAUGACGAUAUAAUUCAUCUUGUUGCAUAUGACAGUGAUGUAUCUAUCAUUUUUGAAAAUGCACGAGCAUCUUCUCGUCAGCAUCUUUAUCCUGUUAUCCACAAAAUUCAAACUGCUGGUUCAACAAACAUGUCCGGCGGUAUUGAUGUAGGUGCUGCUCUUCUGGAUAAAUAUGUAUAUAAUGGAUUUUCACGUCGUAUGUUUCUCUUUUCUGACGGACAAGCUAAUGUUGGAAUGAAAACACGGGCUGAAUUAACAAAUCUCGUUCUUGGAUAUAAUGAUAAAGGUAUUGUAACUGAUGCAUUUGGUAUUGGUGCUGAUUUCGAUAGUGAAAUUAUGAAAGGUAUUGCUGAUGCUGGAGGAUCAAGAUUUUACUUUCUUGAAAGAGCUCAAGUGAUUGAACCACUUGUUGCUAAAGCCGUUGGAAGUGUAUUUGGUGUAUGUGCAUCACAAGCUCGUCUUAUUGUACGUGGUAAAAAUGGAGCUGUUGUUACGAAAAUAUGGGGUCAUGAAGAUAUUGUGGCUGGUGCAAGCCUUGGUGAUCUUCAUUCACCCAAUCUACGAUCAGUUCUUUGUGAGUUUACAACUUCUGGUACAGCGAACGCUGAUGGAACCGAAAUUGAAACACUUACAUAUGAAUUACGAUAUACUCGACCAAAUGAUCCCAAUGGUGAACCUACACUGAUCAAAAAUACUUUAUCAUUAAAAUUUACAGAAGAUGAAUCACUUGUUACGGAGAUUGAUCCUCGUGUGAAAACUAUGCUUGCAUCUCAAACAGCUGCUGAGGUAGAUAAAAAAAUCGCACAAUUAGUCGGAGAUGGUAAACGAAAUGAAGCUAUUGAUGUUGCUGCUGAACAAAUUGCACUACUUAAAGAUGUUGAACAAUUUGAUGAUGAAAGAGGAUCCAUUUCAUUGUUACUUCGACUGGCUGAAAAAAUGCAUAAGAAGCUUAAAGAUGAAACCGUCAAUAGUAAGCUGGUUUGUCGAGGGUACGAAUAUCAAGCUUACUUAAAAAAAGAAUGUGAUGAAGAGGAUAUGGGAGGUUUUGGUUUGUUUGACUAA